AUGUUUAGAGUCUGCAUCGACAGUUCAAAUGCAGCGGUGAUGAAGGAUCCUGAAAUAAUGCCAAAAAUAUUAUUGUUCGUGAAUGGCGCUUCAAUCAGAAGAAACCUGAUGAGGUCAAUGCCCAAAAUGGUUAGCGCAAUUUUUGAUUAUCAACUUGAUAACAAUGAAGAACAUCUGUCACAAAAUUCCACUAUGUUUGAUGAUGCGAAAUCUGUGAACGCUACAUAUCAUUCUAUUAUUUCUGAUAAGAUAAAUGUCUGCCCAAUGUUAAAAGUCAUGCAUUUAAAUAUAAGAAAUCUUAUAAACAAAAUCGAUGAACUGCAUGACUUUUUAUCAAACUUUUCUUUUAAAUUUGAUGUCGUUGCAAUGUCGGAGACCUGGUUAAAUGACGAGAGUAGUAUUGAAAUUGAUGAGUACCAAUUUGUUGGAAGAAAUCGCUGCGGUAAGCGUGGAGGAGGUGUUGGUUUUUAUGUAGAGACUGGAUGUUUGUUCAAGAUUAGAAAAGAUCUAAAUGCUAUUGGUUGCAAAAAGUUUGAAAUGUUUUCAAUUGAAAUAAUUAGAAAAAACAAAAAUUCGAUUUUGAUAGUUUCCUAUCGACCUCCUUUUCAAAAUCCAAAUUAUUAUCUCGACCAAUUAGAACAGGUGUUACAUGCAGCAAGUAAAGAAAAUAAAUUUAUCUGUUUAUUGGGAGACUUUAACAUCAACUUAUCUUCCGCAAACGAAGACAGUAAUAGAACAAAUUUGUUAAAUCUCGCAUCAAGUUACAAUUUGUCUCCACUCAUCACAAUUCCAACAAGAACCAGCAUCAACAAGCAAUCAGUAAUAGACAACAUUUUUGUGAAUCGUCUAAAACCAUUAAAACUAAGUGGCGUAUUGUUAUGCGACCUAUCUGAUCAUUUUCCGAUCUUCGCAUUAUUCGAAGAGGCAGAUAAAAGUAAUGGUGUAAAUGGUUCAACAAAAAUGAAGUUUUCAUUUUUAGCAGAUCGCCUGCAUAGAUUGAAUGAGUGCUUGCAAUCUUUAGACUGGUGUCAAGUACUUGAAUGUUUUGAUACAGAUAUGGGCUUCGAGCUAUUAAUCAAAAAUUUCGAACUUGUUUUUAUGAUGUCUGCGUUUUAA